UUUGUCAUCCUGAUCGCCUCUCCUCAUGGCGGGGCGGGAGGGGGGUAGCCGGUCCACUACGUCCGGAGUGUAGGCCUACUAUCUUGGCGGCAAUUCGAUUUUUUUCUUAUGUCAUGGCGUCCUUUCAUAUUAACACCGUGUAAGCUAAUAUCUCAGUAAGAACGAAAUAAGACUUUGCUAUCAUUAUGAAAUAACUAUAAUCUGUUACGUGAUCCCUAGAUCACUUCUAAUGCUGACUGCGUACGAUAGGACAGAAUAGAUCGAUCACUAGUUCAAGUGGCCAAGGCCUCUAGUCAGUACGAUAUGUGGUCAUGCCAUAUGUGGUCGUGUGGGUGAAAUAGCCAAAGAUCAUCAACACAAACAGGAUCCCAGUCUCAUAGGAUUAGAGACUGCGAACGUGGCCGCUAUAGCAUUACCAGCACUUAAUUUGGACGGUCUCCUUGCUAUGGCCUACAGCCACACUCCAGACCCAUUGGAGAGCAGUUACACCAGGGGUCGGUUCCAGGGAAAGGCUGCCAUGGUCACCGGAGGGGCUUCUGGUAUCGGACUAGCCACAGUAGACAGACUCUCAAACGACGGUGCAGCAGUCGCCAUUUUGGACAUCUCAGAAGAAUUAGGUCACGCUGAAGCAUCGCGCUUGCGAGAGUUGGGACGAGAUGUGGACUUCUAUCACGUUGAUGUGACGGACAAGGAGCAGUGUUUGCAGGCCGUUUCCACGCAUGCUGCUCGUCAUGGAGGCGAGGUACACUUUCUGGUCAACUGUGCGGCAUUCUUCGGUUCCCAAGGUAUUUCCGCCACGCAAAGGGACUGGGACAGAUCACUGGGCGUCAAUGUGGUCGGCACGUCAAAUAUGGUACAGGUCUGUGAGCCUUACAUGAAAAACGGUAAAGAAUGUUCGGUGGUGAAUCUGUGCAGUAUCUGCGCCAGUCGGGCCAACCCUCAGAGAUGGACAUACUGCUCCACCAAGGGGGCAAUCAAGACGAUGACCAAGUGUAUGGCGUUAGACCUCGCACAAAGGGGCAUCAGAGUCAAUGCAGUCAGCCCUGGUUUCAUAUGGACACAACAUCUCGCACCAGCGACGAAUUUCAACCACGAGGCAGCGGACAGUCGCAGCGGGAAAUUCCACAUGCUAGGCCGUAUUGGUAACCCAGAGGAGAUAGCUAGUGUCAUAGCAUUCCUCUGCGGAAAGGACGCGUCAUUUAUAACAGGAAGUAACAUACCAGUGGACGGAGGUUACCUGGCGAUGAGUGCAGAGGGGAUGGGGGACCCGGCAUUUGUGGCUGGUUCGGACAUCAAGGGCUAGGCUCGUGCAGGCUUUCUUCAUUUUGCACCAUGUUGCAACAACCAACAGGUUAAAAGGGAAGUAUUUUCGAGUUUGAAUCGUUUGAGGAACGAAAGCUACCGGUGAUUGGUUGGCUAAUUGGGAAGAUAAUUGGUUGGCAAGCAACAUCCAGUCAUCAACGGAUCUUGAUACUACUGACCUUCCAGGUGGUGCAUAAAACUGUUACCGUAAGCGAGGAUGGUUUAGAAGGCCGAAGUAACCUACAGAUGUCUAGAAAAGUCACAAACGUCUUAAAUUACUUACAAAGCACUUUUAUUUACAAUGGAGAUACAUGGUCAGAAUGGAAUGAUAUUUCAGCAGAUCUUUUUCGUCCAGAAUAGCUGGGCUAAAAAUACAAAUUAGGAUGCCUUCGUGUCGUCGUUCAGUCCAAUAUAAGAAAGGGAGAAAAUAGCCUGGAUGGAUUCAAAGACCUUAGAUAAUCCCAGCAUGAAAUGUCGGCAAAAUCAAGAAAUUAUAGCAAAAAACCCACCGGAUGAUAGCUGUACAUUGUUCAGAUCAUAGGCCUAACAGUCAUCACAAAAUAUUGCACUUCAUUUCUCUAAAAUGCUAACUAUAAAUCAUUCACCAGCCGCUACAGACGGAGUUGAUCAGCAGAAACACAAUAUAACGUAAGUCAGCAACAGUAAUAUACUACAAAAUUAAGCGAGGACGGAGAGUUCGAGAAUGACAAUACAGCGGAAUACAUAAGCCAAGAAUGAACUCUUGAUACAGCCUGUACAGAACUAUAAACAUCAUUAACAUAUGCACCCGGCCAGCAGUGAAAAUACUAACUGUACAUACUUAUCACAGAUGAACUUAUUUUUAGACCUUUUUGCCUUCGGUCUUUCCACGUGCAGGUUAGUAUCCCUCAUUACUUCCCAUUGGAGGACGCUGGUUGCGGUUCCUUGUUUUUCUUGCUGAGUAUAUCCAUCAGACCUUUACUCAUGUAAUAAGGCUUCUCUGGGGUGCCGUCGUUGCGUUCCAAAUCCUCAACUGAAAAUGAAGCGAACACUGAUUA